UUAGUGCAGCAUCAGCAGUAGCGAACACGUGACCAUGUCAGUAUGACAAUAGUAAAUUUCGGGAAAAAACAACAACACAAACGCAACAAAACGUAGUGGAACUUUUAAAAGAAGCAAUGGUUUAUUAUAAUAAUAAUAUUUUAUAGUAUUUUUAAAAACUAAAACGCACACACACACACAUAUACAUAUAUAUAUAUACACCACAUAUUUAUAACUUAUAUAUUAUAUAUACCACUACAUUUUUAUAUAUAUAUAUAUAUUAUAUUUUAUUUAUUAACGAAACUUUCUUUCAACCCUUUCUGCUAAGGGAUCAAAAACAAACGAACCCCUGGAAAAUUUCUUCAAGUCGGUGAAAUUACAACCACACAGGACGGAGCUUUUAUACACAUACACAUACACACACACGCAUAUACACACAUAUAUAAACAAGAGGAAAAGUAAAAAAACAUCGCUAAAGAGAGGAAAAGUAAGAAUUUAAUUCCAUCUUACUUAAUUGGUUUUAAGUAAGAUUGGUCUCAGGAAUCUAAAAUGUUCAGAUACUACUAUGUAGUGAUUGUCUUCAUUUUUUUGAAAAUUUUGUUUUGGACAUUUUUCUUUUACCUCCGUUCCCGGAGAUUACGACUGCUACAACGACGAGGCGUACUUAUAAUUGACCGGAGUGGACAUUUGACCACAAGUAACCACACGGAUUUGGCGACCAUAAUUGAAUACGAGGACCAGCAGAGGCAGCAUUUCCAUAACUUGUCCCAUCCCCAAAUGGCCGACAGCCCUCCGCCUUACUCCGAGGUCGUGCAAACGCCGCCGCCCCUGUACAUUAACCCGAUGAUCGACCCCCAGAACCCUUCUUCCUUCAUGGACACCUGCAAGCCGCCCACCUACGAGCAGGCUGUGCAGCAAGAGCAGCACACGACUGCACCGCACCAAACGCUGCAAGACCAACAACUGCAACAACAACAACUACAAGAUCAAUCACAACAACAGCCACACCAACAACAACAACAACAACAACAACAGCCACAGCAGGAUAAUGGAACGAAUCCAGAGAGGGAAUACCCGUUAUUGAAUUCUUCGCCGCACCAGCAUUUGCCGCCGCCGCCACCGUACAGUUCCAACGAGUAGGGGUGGAACGGAUCGUCUCAGACCAAGAAAACUCUUUGCGGAAUCUAACAGAAUCUCAUUUUAAUCAAGUGACCCUUUUGUUGAUCGAUAACCGAUGUAGUCGGGUGCUGGUGACAGACAU